GGGGAAAGCAAACAAUUUUCAGGCCCGCCGCGUCUCGCAAAAAAUAUGAGAAAAAAAUUAUUAAAAAUUCGGAAAAUAGUUGAAAGUCCAGAAAAACUCUACCGAAACGAUGUUAAAGCAUCCGGGGCCUGUGGGCAUGGGCCGGUCUGACUUGAUCAAACUGGACAGAUUGCUCCGCCCCCCUCUCCUGUAGAGACCAUGGCCACCGGACCCCAGGCCCCCCGAGAGCAGGUCCUGGAGGUGACCAGCGGGAGGCGCAGGAGAGCAGAGGGCAAGCCUAAGAAGAACUUCUGCUGCCAGCAGUGCCAGAAGGCCUUCAACAGCCUGGAGAAGCUCAAGGUGCACUCCUACUCCCACACCGGGGAGAGACCCUUCGGCUGCUCCCAGCCCGACUGCUCCAAGGCCUUUGUGUCCAAGUACAAGCUACUCCGGCAUAUGGCGACACAUUCUCCAGAGAAAAACCACAAGUGUUCAUACUGUGAGAAGAUGUUCCAUCGCAAAGACCACCUGAAGAACCACCUGCACACCCACGACCCCAACAAGGAGGCCUUCUGCUGCCAGCAGUGCGGCAAGAGCUACAACACCAAGCUAGGCUUUAAGCGGCACCUGGCCCUGCAUGCCGCCCACAGCGGGGACCUAACCUGCCAAGUGUGUCUACAGAGCCUGCCCUCCACCAGUCUGCUCCUAGAGCACCUCAAGAGCCAUGCAGGCAAGUCCUCCUCUGGCACAAAGGAGAAGAAGCACCGCUGUGAGCACUGCGAGCGCCGCUUCUAUACGCGCAAGGACGUGCGCCGCCACAUGGUGGUGCACACAGGGCGCAAGGACUUCCUGUGUCAGUACUGUGCCCAGCGCUUCGGCCGGAAGGACCAUCUGACCCGGCACGUGAAGAAGAGCCACGGGCGCGAGCUGCUGCGGGUCAAGAGUGAACCAACGGACCUGCUGGAGUCUGGAGUGUAUGACCCCGCAGGCACCUCCACGCGAGCCCAGCCUCAAAUCGCUUUCCCCGGGCACAGCCUGGACACAGAACCCUAUCCUCUCACCACACAGCCUUUCUCUCUCAAGUACCCUCUGGGUUUUACCUCAUUCAGUGGCUCCUCUCAGGAGCACGCCCUAAAGGGAGACUUGGACACCUACCUGAUGGACUUACCCUCCUCUUCCUCUGCCCCAGAGCCCCCACUGCCCCCCUCCUCCAAACUGGAGCUGGACGACCCUGACCAAGAGUCCAAAAUGUCUACCCCUACAGCAGCCACGGCAGGCGAGUCACUAGCUUCUUCGCUGAUAGAUUUCUCCCAACUCUUCAACUUCCUGCCUCUGAACGGACCGGUGUACAGCGCUCAGGCAGGGGGCAGUGGGGAGGCCUCUGGGAGCUACCGGUCCAGUGAGGACCCCCUGCCUCUGGAGGACGCCCCAGAGUCUGCAGACAGCUCCCUGCAGCUCCCCCCCUUUAUGUCCAGCCUGAGCAGUGCUCCUACCCUGCCCCGCUUCCACCAGGCCUUCCAGUGACCAGAGAGGGACCAGAGAGGGACCAGAGCCCAACUAGCUCAGAGCUGCUCGCACUGUGCAGAAGCUCCGCUCAUUCUCCUACAAACAGGGUCCAUGCCUCAGAGUAAAAACACUUUCUUUUAUUUAAUACAACAAAGAUAAUAAUUACAAUGAUAUGCAUUAAAAGUAAAUCUAUAAUAAAAUAGUUUACAAAACAAGGUUAAAAUUAGCAACAAAAAAGAUCACUUAGACACCUCAUUAGUGUAAGUACCUUUAGUCCACUGCAGAGGGAGCUAACCUCAGGAGCAGAGGGGACUCUCUCUGGCUCUGAUGCCUGAGUGCUGGGUCCCUGGUAACACUGAUCAGAUGUACCACCAGCAGUGCCUUUAGGGCCCUCUUCCCUGUCCCCAACAGUGCCUUUGGGGCCCUCUGUCUUGUCUAUGAGAGCCUUGUUCAUGAGGAGAGGCUGCAGACAGCUCUGAGUGUGGACUGUGUGUGUAGGACAGGAGCUUUCUCUCUCCUCUCACACUGGGGUGUGCCAUCACUCCGCUUUAACAGUACUUAUGUUUUAUAUAUAGCACUUUAGAUUUGGUGUCAUCACCAGUUCCGUGGUGAUGUGUGUGUUUGGUGCAUUAACAAUAGUUUAACAUAUAUCUCCUGUAUGAGGUUAUUCUGACCAUGUUCCAUGUGCCACACUUAAACAGGACUGUGCGAGGGUCUUUAGUAUCUCCAGUGCAAUAGCGCCUCCUGUGAGUAUGUGAGGUGUAUGCACCUGACCUGGCUCACCUUUAGGUACACAAUACUGAGAGAUUUGCUAUAAGCUUAAGCCCAUUCAGAGUGAUUGUUACUACACACAAAAGCUAUAUUUUUGUGUUAAAAAACAAACAAUCUAUUUUUGAAGCAAAGCUGAGCACCUUGUCAAAAUAAAAAUCAUACAAGAGCAUUUAUUAUGAAAUAUUUCAACUCAAGCUGGUUAAAUGCC